AUGCUCCUGGCUCUGCUUAUUUUGGCACCUCUCUUGUCUACCUCAUAUGAGGUAAAGACACCGCCUCUGGACACGCCUUGGACAUAUACCGCCGGAACCGAUCCUUGGCCAGAGUAUCCUCGACCCCAGCAAGUGCGGGAUCGAUGGCAGUCACUCAAUGGUAUCUGGUCUUGGCGCAAUGGAGCCGCUGACGAGCUCAAUGGGCCGGUCCCGACUGGCAACCUAGGAACCGAUGUCCUAGUGCCGUCUUGCCUUGAGAGUGGACUAUCUGGAGUUAUGGCGAACAACACUGGCAAUGGGACCAUCCUACACAGUUGGUAUCAAACGACCUUCAAUGUGACAGAGGACUGGCAAGGAGAAAAUAUUCUCAUCAACUUUGGAGCCGUCGACUACCAAGCUACUGUUUUCGUGAACGGACAACAGGUCGUUCAGCACACCGGAGGUUAUUUGCGGUUCUGGGCUGACAUCACUUCGGCUGUAAAGGUCGGACAGAGCAAUGAGCUGGUGGUCUUUGUCUUUGACCCGACUGAUAGUGAACCAUACGUUGUACCAAUUGGAAAGCAAACUUUGAACCCCAGCCACAUCUUCUAUACGCCUUGUACUGGUAUAUGGCAGCAGGUCUUCAUCGAGCCUGUCCCUGCAGAUCACAUCGAAUGGAUCGAUCUCGAUGGAGAUAUGAACGGACAGGUCAACAUUACUGUGCACUCGGCAAACAACUCGUCUUCGAGUGUGACCGUGAAAGUAUGGGCCGAUGACGGUCAAGUGGCAGCCACAGGGACCGGUUCGUCGGACUCGCCGAUCGUAUUUGAGGUCGCCAAUCCCAAGCUCUGGAGUCCGGAGAGUCCCACCCUGUAUAAUAUCACCGUUACACUCGGUAAUGACACCGUAGCGACCUAUACGGGUUUCCGUACGGUAGGUAAGGGCAUGGUGAAUGGCAUGAUGCGGCCACUACUCAAUGGUGAAUUCCUCUUCACCUUCGGUCCCUUGGACCAAGGAUUCUGGCCCGAUGGAAUAUAUACACCGCCCAAUUAUGAAGCGAUGGUCUUCGAUCUCAAGACUCUAAAGAGCCUUGGUAUGAACAUGAUCCGGAAACAUAUCAAGGUCGAAAUGGAUCUGUUUUAUCAUGCUUGCGAUACCAUGGGAUUCUGGGUUAUUCAAGACCAGCCCGCUCUCAAUAUCCAGAACGGUGCAGAACCCAAUUCAACUCAACAAGACGUGUUCAACUCCCAACUCUUUGAGCUGGUCGAAAAGCACAGAUCGUUCCCGUCUAUAUGUACCUGGGUCAUCUAUAACGAGGGAUGGGGCCAAGUUGGCGCGCCAGAGCUCUACCUGGCGCCAAUGGUCCGAUCACUGGACCCGACACGCCUGAUCGAUGCUACUACGGGAUGGAACUGGCACGGUGCCGGCGACUAUGUCGAUAAUCACCAUUAUUCAGAGCCUCAAUGUGGUACACCAUUCUACUCGAUCGCCUCGAGUCCAUAUGACCCCAACUAUAUCGGCUUCCAGGGGGAAUUUGGCGGAAUUGGGAACAAUGUCAGUAUCGAUCAUCUGUGGAACGUCCAGCAAGCCAUCAACGGGAUCAAUCAGACAUACGAGCUGGAUGCCACUGUUGAAAUAUGGAACUACAGGGCACAUCUCAUCCUCGAUGAGCUUCGUCAGCAGACUGAAAUGUUUGCUUGCUCAGGUGCAGUGUGGACUCAAACCACCGACGUGGAAGGGGAGGUCAAUGGCUUCUUGACCUAUGAUCGGCGUAUUCUUCGGCCCAACAUCACGCAAUGGCAGAGUGACAUCUACGCAUUGUAUCAGGCUGCAGCGGAUAGGGGCGGCCGUAUAAUAAUAUCAACUUGUUUGUGA